AUGCAGAAUGAGGAAGCAGUACGACGUCUCAUCUGGGAAAAGAAUCUAAAGUUUGUGAUGCUUCACAAUCUAGAGCAUUCAAUGGGCAUGCAUUCAUAUGAUCUAGGCAUGAACCACCUGGGAGACAUGACCAGGGAAGAAGUGACGUCUUUGAUGAGUUCUCUAAGAGUUCCCAGCCAAUGGCCGAGCAAUAGCACUUACAAGGCAAACCUUAAUCAGAAACUGCCUGACUCUAUGGACUGGAGAGAGAAGGGAUGUGUUACUGAUAUAAAAUACCAGGGUUCUUGCGGUGCUUGCUGGGCUUUCAGUGCCGUGGGAGCCCUGGAAGCGCAGCUGAAACUGAGAACAGGAAAGCUGUUGUCUCUGAGUGCACAGAACCUGGUGGAUUGCUCCAGUGAAAAAUACCAGAAUCAUGGCUGCAAUGGUGGCUUCAUGACAGAAGCUUUCCAAUACAUCAUUGAUAACAAAGGCAUCGAUUCCGAAACUUCCUAUCCCUAUAAAGCCAUGGAUGGAAAGUGCCAGUAUGACCCCAAAAAACGAGCUGCCACAUGUUCAAAGUACACUGAGCUCCCCUCUGGUGAUGAAGAUGCCCUGAAAGAAGCUGUGGCCAAUAAAGGGCCCGUGUCUGUUGCUAUAGAUGCAAGCCAUUCUUCUUUCUUCCUCUACAAAAGUGGUGUGUACUAUGACCCAUCCUGUACUCAAAAUGUGAACCAUGGUGUACUGGUGAUUGGUUAUGGUAACCUCAAUGGAAAAGACUACUGGCUUGUGAAAAAUAGCUGGGGCCUCAACUUUGGUGACCAAGGAUAUAUUCGAAUGGCAAGGAAUCAUGGAAAUCACUGUGGGAUUGCUAGCUACUGUUCUUACCCAGAAAUCUAGAGGAUCACUCUGUUUUGUAAAAUGUCGAGGAAAAUGAACCGCUUUCUUCUUAGUCUAUCCUGUUGUAACCAGUAGAAAUGUGGGCCAGGAUAAAUGCAUUUUACUGUAUUGAUUAGAAAGCAGUUUGACUUCCUUUUAAACUUUGCAGAUCUUGAAAAAAAAGUGCUUUGUAAAUUAAUAAUGUACCAUAACUGUGUGGCAAUCAGUCAACCUAAGGCAAACUGUUGUGUUUUCUUUCUUUUACUCUAUUUUUUUAACCCCUGACAGCCUUUAUGAUGGUGCUUACUAAAUGUUUCUUUCAAAUUCC